UUUAUAAACAGUGAGCACGCUGUAGCGCAAGGCGCAGUCACAGCUGUUGCGCACCGCACCUUCCUACCUCUGGCUGUUUAUGCGCUGUGGUUAUCAUUUCGCGUGUUCGUGUGUUUGUUUUUGAAACACAAUGGCUUCCCACACAAAGUUCUACAACGAAGAUUUGGAGCUAUCUACAAUGGACUGCGGUACUGAAGUCAGUGCAGAAAAUUCCUCAUCUGAAGACAAAGAUGUUAUGGUGAGCUGGAUUAUGCAGUUCUGCUGCUUGAAAGAUAAUAACAGACCAGUUUGUUCUUCCUCCCGUCUGCUGCCGGUUUCUGUGGGGAUACUUUGUGUCCUGCUGCUGGUGAGCUUUGGACUCAUCUCCUGGGGCAGUUGGGAAAUGAAACAACAGGAAAAAGACAUCAGAAGACACACUGAGCUACUGGACAUACACAGCCAAACACUUAAAUACAUGCUGUCAUUCGACACCUUUCCGGUAAAUGAAUACUGCCCAGACCAAAAAUGUCAGCUGUGUCCGAAAGGCUGGAUGUCGUUCAAUAAAUCAUGCUACCUGUUCAGUGAUGACAGUGAUUCCAAAAUAAGCUGGGAACAAAGUCAGCGGUACUGUCAGAACAGAAUCAUAAAACUGUUUGGUAUUAUGAACCUGCAAGAACAAGUAUUCCUCAUUAACCAACAAACCACAGACUACUACUGGCUGAGGCAACAAAACACUGACAACAUGAUCUUGGGUGAUGGUCAUAAUUACACUCUCGGGUUCUGGAUAGAUGAACUAGAUUCAACUGGCUCAUAUACAGUGAUUAUGUAUGUGUGGCUGUAUCACACAAAGAGUUGGAGCCAAGCAACUCCUGCAAACUGGACCAAAGUCAUCUGUGAGCAGGAAGCCUUUGAAGUGCAUUUUUAGUUCACACCAAACCUAUUCUGUCCCUCCUUCAUGCUGCACAUGGAACAGCUUAUCUACCGCAUGUCAUCAGAUUUUAAACAUAUGUUCGGAUUGGUGUUUUUGUCAUGAUCCAGAGAUAUUUGGGUUUUAGUUAUUUGUUUUUGAUCAUUUUCCUUGUUUUUCAUUAUGUUCUUAAGGUCUUGCCUUAUUCAGUUUGUUUCCCUGUGCUCAUUAUUGUUAGAAAGGUGUUGCCAUUAUUUCAUACCCUUUGUGUUUAGUUUAUUCUUGUGUUUUGUUCAUUGUAAAUUUGGAUUUUAUUUCUCUUAGGUCAUUGUUAGUAUUUCCCCUUGAUUUGUAGUUUAUUUGUGUCUUAGUUAUGUAGUUCAGUGCCAUCGAUGUUAAUUUGUCUCCCUUCCUAAAUGCAAAUGUUUGUUACCCGCAUGAAGGUAAGAAAUAAAAGAACAUUUUUCCAGUGGAACCAUUAUUCCAAUGGUCACUAUGUCUGAUUUGUUUGUGAUUAAACAAACAAAAACUCAAA